CAAAGAUAAUAUCAUUGGUGCAUUUGAGAGAACAUUUGACGAAAUCAGUAAUUCAACUUCUUUACUAUCAGGAAUAAAGAAGAAGGCACAAAAGUUGGCCAGCAAGGUAGAAGAAAAAUUUCAAAGAAAAGAAAUUGUCGAUUUUUUUAAAGUCCUGGAUAGCAAAUUCGAAAUGAGGCAGGGAGAGCAUGAUCUGGUGAAUUUCUUUGAUAAGAGUGGGCGUGAACUUCUGAAAAUGUCUGGCAACUUCAGUAAAGGUGAGUUGGCUACAUCAGUGUCAAAUCAAUAUGAUCUAAGAAAAAAGCAAAGAAGGAUAUUCCCAUCAGAACUUGAUCAAGAAUUAUUGUCAGAAAAUUAUCAGGCAGAAUCUGUUAAUGCCUCAGAGAUUGAGUAUGGGAUGUUGAGACAUCUAGAGGCGAAAGCUCAUUUAGAAAAUUACAAUAUUGUCUGCCUUUUUGAUGUUGAGUUUCCAUGGACAAAGAGAAUCUUCAAGAUAUUGUCAAUGGCUCAAUUAGACAUGUUAAGGAACAAAUGGAGAGAUGCCCAAGCAUUCAUUAAGCAAGAAAUAAUCGAAGAAUGUUGGAAUGCAAGUUCUGUUAACAAACUGGUGGACGAUUAUCAUGAAGUCAUUGAAGAAAAUGUGUUGCGUAGACGUAGUGCUUUGUUAGGCAGCAGCGCAAGUGAAUUUCAAUAUAGGGAUGAAAUUGUUAACCCUCUUUUGUCGUACAUUUUUUAUGACGUUGAAGAUGCGUUAUGGAUAAAAAC